AUGUUGCUCAACAUCAGGUAUCUCGCCUUCUUUGGGGUGGCGGUCGCGAUUCCAGACGAGAGGGUAAGGCAAGCUUCUGCGAGUUCGAGCCGUUCGAGUUCCAUCAGCAGUAUUCUCAGCUCCUUUUCAAGCGCGUCGUCGUCUUCAGCAUCGGCGUCAGCGUCGGCUUCGACGUCGACGUCAACUACAUCAAAUUCAACAGCAUCAAAUCCUCAAGGAGCAAUCAACACGACCAUCCUAGCACCAAGCAUUUCUCAUCUGCCACCUGGCCCGAAUGCAACCUCGUACCCGUCUGAUGGGAAACUUCACGCCCCUGAACCAGCACCAUAUACCCCAGCAGGCGGCCUGGGCACGAAUGGCAGUGAGCCGGUCUAUGUUCCACAGUCGGAUUUUGACUUCGAGUCAUUGGCGCUAGUCCUUUAUCAAGAAUACAUAGAGCUGGAUCUCUUCCGCAGUGCGUUGAAACGAUUUAGCGUCCAGGAAUUCGAGGCGGAGGGAAUAAACUCAGAGUAUCGUGAACUCAUACGGUUCAUGAGUGAUCAGGAAGUUGGCCAUGCCACGAUGGUCGCAAAUAUACUAGGGCCCAAGGCUCCCCAGCCCUGUAAUUACAGUUAUCCAUUCACCACUGUCGGCAGCUUCAUCGAUUACAGCCAGAAAAGCACUCGAUAUGGAGAGUCAGGUGUUCUUGGCUUCCUCGCUCACUUGAACUCUCGACCAGCAGCAAGUCUACUAUCGCAGUCCAUCACGACGGAAUCCCGACAACAGGCCAUAUUCCGUCAAUUCAAGGGUUUAUUCCCGAUGCCUAUUUACUUCGUCCCUGGAAUCCCGCAAUCCUGGCACUGGACUCUCUUGGCCCCAAGCAUCUCCAGCUGCCCCUCCAACCAAACACGACUAAUUUGGCAAAAUUUCCCCGCCCUUACGAUCGGCAACAAUCCAAACAGCAGCAAUAGCGGUGGAGUGUUCAAUACGCCUGCUAUCUCACAUAACCUCAGCAACCCCUUGACUUAUCCAGGACGUGAAGUCCAGCUCUCCUGGGAACUUCCGGGGAAACCAGUGGGACCUGACAAGUCCUACAUUACCAACACGACUGCUGGUGCGCCUAAAUUUGUUGCUUGGGUGUCGUCAUUGAAUGUGACUUACUCGCCGUUGAAAACGAUCAACAAUACUUCCGGAACGACGAUCCAGCCCAACACAACAACUUUAGGCGGCGCUCCUGCUAUUAAUGGCACGAUGUUCAUCGCGGUUACGGAUACAGAUCUAGUUGUUACGCCGUUCAAUCUCAGUAUGAUCAAUCCACAUGUAGUUGCUGGGCCGGCAUUGUACCAAGCUGGAUGA